GCGGUGCAAGUGAUCCUGGGUGCUGACAGCAAGGCCUCGGCUGAUGAAGCCACGGUCGAGGCGGACGUCGUCUCAAAGACAUCGUCCGGCGGUCAGGGAGUCUCCAGCGCGGCAAAAGUCCUCGAUGACGUCUUCCAAGAACUUGCCGGUGAUUGCGGUGUCGUGGCAGUGAAGAGCGGCCACACCUGGAAAAACACUUCACAACCAACGCUGCAGCCGAGUCAGUGCCACAAAAGGUUGUCCACAAGCUGUACAUUGAGCUUCCGGCAGAUGCAGUGUCCAGACGAGUGCCCAUUUUUGGCUCCUGAUCCGUUUUUCCCCUGCAUGUUCAGCUGCCGCGCGAAAGGGCGCUGCUCUGAAAGUAAUUUGAACACUCCCUUCCCUGACGCGAAGUACCUCCUUUGCUCCACUUGCUCAGUGGCAGGCUGCAAAGUUUGCUCCGAUGCUGGCACCUGUGACGAGUGCCAUGACGGCUUCGCAGAAAUGGACGGGGGCUGCAUUUUGGCAAGCACAGUUGGGCUGAACUCCGCGAUGGGGGUCGUGCUUUACGUCCUGAUCGGUCUGAUUGUCUUGCUCGUCCUCAUGGCCUUCGGCUACUGCCUCGCUGGCUCCAGGAGCCCCAAUGCGGAGCACAACCAGAGAUCCAUCGAUGCGGGGCGAAGACACCGGCAUCUCUCCAAGGUGAAUCGCUGGGACCUCUUUGGGAAGACGCCAAGGACCAAAUACCCACUUGCAGUGUCCAACUCCGAGAACAUCAUGGGCAUGGGCAUUGGCCUCUUCUACAAUGGUAUUCGUUUCAUGGUCGUCGUCGGAGUGUUGACGACCCUUUCGUCGUACAUUGUCGCGGAUUCCGGCGGCCUCCGUGAGAUCAUGCACAGCCCUGAAUUCACCAGACUGGACAUGCUGCUCCAGGCGUUGAUGACGACCAAGAUGAAGAAUAACAUAAUUCCAGCAGUUGUCCUUUCGCCAAUGACGAGCUGCAGCACGACCACACCCGAGGGUAUCCAAGAGAAGCUUCAGUCUGUCGCGGCAUCACGUGCGCUGGCUUUCGGCGUCCUGUAUGUGGGGCUGCUCGCAAGCUCGCUGUACUUUGUGGCAGCUCAAAAGAGGUUUUCGAAAAGGUUCGACGAAGAGAGCACGAGCAUGAGCGACUUCUGCGUGCUGCUAAAAGGCCUUCCGACGGACUUGACAGACGAGGUGGCCUUGAAGAAGUGGGCAGAAGCACAACUCGCACAGAGCCGGAUCAACUACGAGGUCCAAGGUGUGAGCAUCGGCUACGACUUCGGAGGCGAUGACGCGCUGAAAUGGGAGGUCUAUGACAUGCUCGACCGGUUUUGCAGUGCAACGGAGAUCGAGCUCAUGCUGAAGGGCAAGACGGCGGAUGCUCAAGAAAUGGCCUUCGCGAAGGAAAGUCUGGGGAACCUGAAGGACGAUGUGGCGAAAGAUCGGAGCAAGGCCCAGGAAUGGUUUGAUGGCGAGAAGAAGCUCAAGGCCACCGGCCAAGCCUUCUUGGUCAUGAGCAAGUCCACGGGCAAGGAUGCCAUCAUGAAAGCCUAUGAUGCCAAAGAGUCCCUCUUCACCUAUCAGCAGAAGCAGAUUCAGGUGGCCGAGGUGAAUUCCGAACCGCCGGAUAUCUGCUGGGAGAAUCUGGGAAUCACUGAUGAAGCCAUCGCGAGCAACGAGUGGAAAGCAGUGGGACAGGUGCUGCAAAUGUUUAUUUUCAUCAGCGUCCUGACGAUGGCCUUCAACCUGUAUGUGGUCAUGCCGUACCUGGCAGCGGGCAGCAAUGCUAGUGGGCCGCUCAUGACGGUCAAUGGCAUCAUCAUGGGCAUCAUCAACGGUCAGUUGGGUGGUAAAGUCUGGAAUUCUGCGUGGGGAGUGGGAUACCAUCGCAAGGAUAGAGCCGACGUCUGGCUGUUCAAUGUGAACUUCCUCAUUACCCUUUGUCGGCUGCACGGCAGUUGUGGCACUUUGCUCUAUGCUAGCAACACGUUCAUCAGCUUGUUCAUGACCAUCUACGCAGUGAUGGCGACGGAUCCGGAGGUGGCCGCGGAGGGUGUGGGGAUGUUCUUCAAGGAGUUGUCGACUACGACCGUUGGUCUAGAGUCCACGGUCUUCCACACCUUGUUUAUGAUGCUGAUUCCUGGCCAGCUGUUUGUGAACCCCUUGAUGGGUUACCUCCAGGGCAACAUUGUGCCUUUCCUGCAAGCCAACCUCGUCGCCAAGAUUAUCUACGUCUGGAAAUGCUUGCCAGAGAAGCUCUUGUUCCUUCUGAAGGCGCUCUUACCAUGGUCACCGGACAACGUGGACAAGUAUGAGCGAAGGAACGCAGAGAACGGCAUGGUCGCCGGACAGAUAGGUUUGCCAUGGGACUACAGCAACCUGAUACUGAAUCCCUUGUCGGUCUUCUUCACCUUCUUCUUCGUUUCAACAACCUGUACGCCCUAUAGCGCGUACCUGGUGGCCUGGGCGGUGUUCUUCUUCUUAUACAGCCGCUUCAUGCACCUUCGGGUACAAUCAGUUGCCUUCCACAGCACCCACAAGUUGGACCGAAGCGUGUGGAUGGUUUGGGGGUGUGUGCCCCUAGCGCUAAUCGGCACCUGCGCCAUGACCUGGGUUUUUCGUGCAGGCCUCGUGCUCAAGGGCGCCCCACUGUGGCAGAAGGUCCUUCUGAUGCUGGUCACUUAUGCUCUGAGCUGCUUGGUCUGGGUCCUCUCCCUCCGGGCGUUGUACCCCCUGCUCAAGGAGGAUAGCCCGGACAUGCUGGAAGGUGACUUUAAGGACUGCAAGCGGGAGUGGAUCUUUUCAUGGUUCAACUGCAAUCCGGUCUUUACGCUGAAGUGCCUGUACUAUCUUCCCAAGUUUCUUCAGGAUACUGAAAUGGGCAAGGUGAAGGAGAAACUCCUCAAGAAGAAAGACAUCUGGGGUCAUCCAAUUGCUUGUGGCGAUGACGAGGACGUCGUGAGGUAUUUCAAGCCUGGCAAAGAGUUCUUGCACUUCUCGCCGGAGAAGCAGAAGAGUAUCCACGAGGGAGACUUCCAAGAUUGGUUGGAGUUCGAGACGUACUUGGCACACAUCAACCGUUUUGCAGAGCGAGUCCGACUAAACAAGGUGAAUUCCGGAGAUUUCUACGAGAAGCUCGAGGACUUUUUGCCCAACUUUGACGACGCCUUCUGA